AUGUCCGCGUCUAAUACUACUACACCAAAACGAUCUUACACUUUCCAGGCCACCAUCGAUCAAAUUGGUCCUCAGGUCGUUGCUGGACAUGGUGUCUAUAUCAGUGUUGAAAAGGAUGGCCAAGUUUAUGACGGUAUUCUCGAUGGGAUCACAGGGGCAGCCGUGGGCGCAUUAGGCUGGGGAGACGAAGAAGCUUUCGAGAUAAUCGUCAAGGCUGCACGUAAUUCGACUUACUCGUUUCCUAGCUUAGUUUCGAACAAAUCUUCAGAGGAAUUGGCUAAGUUUUACAUUGAAAACUCCCCCAAGGGGGCUUUCUCAGCAGCCUUGUGGUGCGGCUCAGGUUCGGAAAGUAACGAAAACGCAUUGAGGAUCAUCAGACAGUAUUGGUUGGAGCGCCAGCUGCCCAAUAAGAUAAAACUCAUCAGCAGGGAAAACUCCUACCAUGGAUUUACGUUGGGUGCACAAUCAAUUUCGUGGAAUCCGAGAGUACAGCCCUUUGAGCCUUAUCUAAUGAACCGUGCCGUAACUAAUAUCAAAAUCCCAUGUGCUUACAGCUACCGCUUCAAGAAGAACACUGAAACUGAAGAAGAUUACGCCAAACGUCUGAUUGCAGAAACUGAGAAAAUCAUUUUGGAUAAUGACCCUGACACUAUCGCGGCUCUCACGGUGGAGACAUUGCCUGGUUCGUCCCUGGGUACCUGCCCCCCUCCCAAAGGUUACCUGAAAGGCCUGAGAGAUUUGUGCAAUAAGUACGAUUUACUAUUUCACUUGGACGAGGUUAUGUGUGGCACCGGCAGGUGCAAUCCGUACGGUAAACUUAAUUGCUGGGAAGGCUUCCUGGAACCGUGCGACGCGCCAGACAUUCAGACUGUUGGGAAAACGUUGGGGUCUGGAUAUAUCACAAUAGCUGGUGUUUUGAUCGGACCAAAAAUCAGAGAUGCCUUUGUACACGGCUCGAACUCAGUUGUGGGUGGACACACUUAUGCAUCUCAUGCUUUCAAUUGUGCUGCUGCCCUAGGAAUCCAAGAGAAAAUCAAGAGAGACCAUCUGGCCUUGAAUAUUUUCAAUAUGGGAAGCCGCAUGGGACAGAUGCUCAGAGAAACUGUGAUGGCCACAAAUAACAUCGCGGGCGAUGUCAGAGGAAUUGGUGGUUUUUGGUCAAUUGAGUUUGUGCAAGAUCGAAUCACCAAAAAGCCCUUUGAUUAUUCCUUGAACGUAGGAGUUCAGUUCAAGGCGAUCUGUUUUGAAAACAAAUUGGCUGUCAUGGGAAUGCCUGGAAAUCCUGAUGGAAGCUGUGGCGAUCGUGCUCUACUUGCUCCGUCUUUCACAAUCACAGAAAAUAAUAUCGAAGAAAUAGUCAAAAGAGUGGUUAAAUCCGUGAACGAACUUACCCAAAAGCUCAGGAACGAAGGUCGUUUUUAG